AUGCCAUCUCCUUCCCCUAUUCCCUCGUCUCCUACCCCAUCUAUCAAUGGCAGCAAGCCAGCAGGGUCAGAUAGGUGGAAGCUGCUAUCAUACAGUCUAUCAAAUACCAUCCCUUACUCUCCCUUUUUCCAUAUCACUUCCAUUAUCAUCGCCUUCCUCGCUCUGGUGAUCAUCGCUCUAUGGGCUGCCGCCACGGCAGGAUUCGAACCUUAUACAGUAUUUGAUACGGAUUUCAACCGGACAGAUGACAAGCAUUGGUACACCCCGUUAUUGCCCAAUAGUGUGAUAGAGGGACAGAAAGGGAAACUGUGCGAUCCUGUCAUCUUCAACGCAGGAUCUACUAUACAGACAAACGGGAUGUACAAGCGAAUGUCUUAUACCAUAGUAGAGUACAAAAUCCUUGGAGUCUUGAAAGAGGACGGAGCUCCGUCGUAUGCGAGUGUCGGAUACAUGGGUUAUAGACUGGAUGUCUGUAGUGUGUCUAGCAUGUCUUUCAUUGUCGAUGUUCGAUCUGGUCUGGUCACUGCGACGGCCCAUAUCACAUGUCCAACACCAUGGGCCGUCGUACUGAGUACCACAUACACUCUCACCUCAGGGGUAACAGAGACAGGAGCAUACAAGAGCGCUCCGUACUUGGGUGGUCUGGCCAUCGAUCUUGUAUAUAGGGUGGGAAAGCUGUUUAAUAAUCCCUUAUAUGCGAAAGAGAAUACAAUGGGAACUCUCAAUAAUGGGACGGGUAAAUGGUCAAGGAUGAGUGGUGAUUUGAACGGGAGGGAAUCAUCGUUACCAAACUCCACGCUUCUGACCGAGCCGGUUUUUCAAAUCCAGUCUUUGAAAUUGUCAAAUCCUGAAGACAUAACAUCAGACACAUCCUCGACGACUGGCCAGUAUAAUGGGGUACCUCCAGCCAUACAUCUUGAUAUGCUUGUUCCGUUGUCCAACUUCGUAUCGGCUAUAUUGUCCACCAUUCACUCUGAUCUGGGUAUAUUGGAUCAGAAUAUAUUCCUCAGCGAGACGGCUCUCCAUCGAUUCAUUAGUGAGACGGACGACUACGUCAAUACGUCAAUCUCAUUGGGAGACUAUGAUCUGCACUACGCCCAUAAAAUGUUACACCCUGCCAGUGGGACUAUCAUCGAUCCGUGGGUGACAAACAGGACUUAUUCAGCUUUGACAGUGGCCAAUCGAACGAUAGCUACUGUGUAUCCAAGCCAUAUUACGAGAUCAAAAGGGUUGGCGAGUUGGCUAGUCUCGGUGGUCGGUCUGACCUUCUCCAUCUGGGGCGGAUUAUGGCAAUUGUACUUACUCAUCGUAUCGUACAUACUCAGCAAGCGGAAGAAUCCGACUACCAUUGGUGUAGAUGUUACUCCACCCUCGCCUUCAUCUAACCAGGCUGUAGCGAGCAAGGAAAGUAUCCCGUUAUUACCUUCGAGACAAGUUGGUACGAGUGAUAACAGCUUGAUCAGAAGGGAUACCUUGUGA